CCCGCUGCGCAUGGGUGUCGUGGGUGCGACCGCUGGCACGCCGAUCUCUUCGAGAAACAUGAGCCCUUCACCGCUCGCCCUCAACGUCCCCACGCCUCCAGUCUUUCCCUGCGAGCCGCGCCACCAAAAUCAAACCGAUCUCCAUCUGCCUGCCGUGAUUGGUUGUUUCAAUACCCAACUGCCGAGAUCCCCGGACACUUGGCGUCGUGAACACUCCAGUCUCUGACCUGUUCCUGAGCCGCCAUCGGACUCUCGGGUCGCCCUAUCAUCUCCGGGUCGAUGCUCUAUCGGAACCUCCAUCGCUCUCGCCCCCCCGCAAUUCAUGUCUCAGGAUUCAAUGUUGUUUGCCACCCUUUUUUUUUUCUUCACACGCCCCCACCAGCUAGGUGCGCCACUGGGCGAUACAAUCCUUCGGGCGGUAGGUGGUCCUCAUGUCAAACACAUUCAGAUCUGUGAUAAGCAGCAGUCGACGCCGAUCUCGCCUUUUUUUUUUUUUUUUUU